CAAUUAUAUCAACAACAACAACAAGAUCCAUAUCAAUUUUAUCCAUAUAGUUUUUAUCAUAAUAAUAAUAAUCCAAAUAAUGAUAAUCAACAACAACAACAACAACAAGAUGAAUAUGAAAAAAUUGAUCUAUUAGGACAACCGACAACAUUAUAUCAAAAUCGUUCUGUAUCGAUAAUAAAUUCAAAAGCUGAACAACGUUUACGUGAUCAAAUUAUGAAUAAACAACAAUUGUUUCUACAACAGAAUCAAUGUGUUGAUUCCAAAGAAUUGAAACAAUUCAUCAAAAGCGUAAUCAUUACCUAUGAUAAAGGUGUUAAUUUAGCGCUGCUUAAUGAUCUAGUCGAUACAAUGUUAAUGACGAAUAAUGAUGGCCAAAGUGUUAAUGAUUUAAUGAAAAAAAAUGUUUCAAAAAUGAUUGUUGAAAAUAUUAUCCAGGAUAAUAAUCCGGAAAAUGUUAUUGAAGAAAUUAUUGUUACCGAGCAACGUAAACAACCUGUAAUCAAACAACAACAACAGCAAUUAAAAUCUGAAACAGAAGAAGAAGGUCAAAGGGUUAAAACAUCAACAUUAAUCGUACCUGUACAAAUGUCAAAUUGGGAAUUUGGUUCAAGCAUGACUUAUGUUGCAAGUGUUGUCACUACAAUUGGUUAUGGUCAUGUUACACCGAUUACGAAUGAAGGAAAAAUUUUGACCAUUGUUUUUGGUGCAAUAUCCAUACCAUGUACGCUGCUAUUUCUUUCAAUAAUCAUAUCAAUGAUACGUGAUGGACCAAUCAAACAGAUUGAAGUAUGGCUAAUAAAACUUUUCGGUUAUUUUACCGAUGAAAUAACAUUAUUGAAAAUACGUUUUCUUCACCUAUUUAUCGUUACAAUCGUACUAUUUUCUGCUUUGAUAAUCUUACCGGCUUUUUUAUUCAAACAAAUGGAAUCACAAUGGACAUUUUUGGAUUCAUUUUAUUAUUGUUUCAUUACGAUUACAACUGUUGGCCUUGGUGAUUAUGUACCAGGGCAAAAUUCAAUGCAAGAAAAUCGUACCUGGUAUCUGAUUAGCAUUGUUAUUUAUAUGUAUUUUGGUCUCUGUCUAAUGAUGUUAUGGAUCGCAUUGGUAUUACGGAUACCAUAUUUUAAUUUUAAAACUUUUUUGGUUAUUGAAGAACCAGAAUUAUUAGAACGUAAAUUAAUUAAUGAACAAUUACGUAAUCAACAACGUUGUCAAUCGAUGGAUGAUGAUGUUACCGAUGACGAUGAUGAUGAUGAUGAUAAUGAAAAAACACCAUUAGUAACAUCAACAUCAUCACCACCAUCAUAUUCAUUAAUGAUGAACAUGGCUGCAUCAACAUCACGAUCAUCAUCUGCAUCAUCGUCAUCGUUGUUGAUGAAUAAUCCGAUUGCGUCCACAUCUGCAUCACCGCCAUCUACAUCAUCAUCAUCAUCAGGUUUAUCUCACCUGCAUCCAUCAUCAUCAUCAUCAACAUUCAAUCAUAAUCAUCAUCAUCAUCAACAACAGAAUCGAACGUUGAUGUUGACAACAACGAUCAAUCAAGAAAAUCAUAGACAUAUCAAUAAUAAUAAUAAUAAUUUUGUUUGAUUUUUUCUUCGAAUAUUCUUUCU